CUUGGGAGCUGCUAGAAGCAGAGGCCUCUCCGUUUCUCCUGCAAACGCCUGCUCUUCAGGAAACAAAAAAAAAUGGAUCCCACCGGGGAAAUAAAGGAUGAACUUAGGCUUUACCAGUCGACUCUUCUUCAGGAUGGCCUGAAGGAGCUUCUUGAUGAAAAUAAGUUUGUAGAUUGCUUCUUAAAGGCUGGCAGCAAAAGCCUUCCUUGCCAUAGGCUUAUCCUUGCUGCCUGCAGCCCUUAUUUCCGGGAGUUCUUCCUAUCCGAUGAAAGUGAGGAGAAGAAAAAAAAUAUGGAAUUGGACAAUGUCGAACCAAGCACAAUGGAAGCCAUCCUUAAAUAUCUAUAUUCAGCUGAUAUUGACCUUAAUGAUGGCAACGUGCAAGAUAUUUUUGCUUUGGCUAGUCGCUUCCAAAUCCCAUCUGUUUUCACGGUGUGUGUGACUUAUCUUCAGAGAAGGCUCUCCCCCGCUAACUGUUUGGCCAUCUUUAGAUUGGGCCUUCUUUUAGAUUGUCCACGCCUGGCCGUUACUGCCCGAGAUUAUGUCUGUGAUCGAUUCAUGCAGAUCUGCAAUGAAGAAGACUUCCUGCAGCUUGCGCCACAUGAAUUAAUCGCAGUCAUUUCCAGUGAUGGCCUAAAUGUGGAGAAGGAAGAGCUGGUGUUUGAGGCCAUAAUGAAAUGGGUACAAACAGACAAGGAAAACAAAACAAAGAGCCUCUCUGAUGUCUUCGACUGCAUUCGAUUUCGCUUGAUGCCUGAAAAAUAUUUUACCGAUAAGGUAGAAAAGCAUGACCUCAUCAAAGCCAAUCCUGAUAUAGUUAAAAAAGUUAAGGUUAUUAAGGAUGCCUUUGCUGGCAAACUCCCCGAGGGCUCCAAAGGCAAAGAGAAUUCGGGCAAAGAAGGAGAGGAUGGCGACGUUGGAGAUGAAGAUUUGCUCCCUGGGUAUCUGAAUGACAUUCCCAGACACGGUAUGUUUGUGAAAGAUCUGAUGCUUUUGGUUAGCGACACGGCGGCUGUGGCUUACGACCCUCUUGAAAAUGAGUGCUUCUUGGUCGGACUGUCAGAACAGAUUCCAAGAAACCAUUCCAGCAUAGUCACCAAAUCCAACCAAGUCUACGUCAUCGGUGGCCUCUAUGUGGAUGAAGAGAACAAAGAUCAGCCAUUGCAUUCAUAUUUCUUUCAGCUUGACAGCAUCGCUGGCGACUGGAUUGGACUCCCCCCACUCCCAUCUGCGAGAUGCCUGUUCGGCCUGGGUGAAGCAGAUGACUGCGUUUAUGCCAUUGCUGGCAGGGACCUGCAGUCGGAAGAGUCGCUAGAUUCUGUGUUCUGCUACGAUAGCAAGGCCGUAGCUUGGACAGAAGUGAAGAAGCUCCCGAUCAAGGUCUAUGGGCAUUCUGCAGUGUCACACAAUAGCCAAAUCUAUUGUCUAGGUGGAAAAACAGAGGACAAGAAAUGCACUGGCAGAAUGUUUGUAUUCAACCCAAAGAAGGGAGAAUGGAAAGACCUGCCACCCAUGAGAACUUCCCGCUCCAUGUUUGGGGUCACCGUGCACAAAGGGAAAAUAUUCGUUGUCGGGGGUGUCACAGAGGAAGGCCUGACCGCAUCUGUGGAAGCCUAUGAUAUUGCCACUAACAAGUGGGAAACACUUGCCGAAUUCCCCCAGGAGAGAAGUUCUAUAAAUUUGGUCAGCGUGGGCGGGUCGCUAUAUGCCGUGGGAGGAUUUGCUAUGAUUCAGCUGGAAUCAAAGGAGUUUGCACCUACUGAAGUCACUGAUGUGUGGAAAUACGAAGAUGAUAAGAAGGAAUGGAGCGGGAUGCUGAAGGAGCUGCGAUACGCCGCAGGAGCCACCUGCCUGGACACACGUCUUAACCUUUUCAAACUGACCAAGUUGUGAGGCUGCGUCGCUGCGACAUGAGGUUGUGUCCUCAGCUUUCUCUUCAUCUCUGCUACUUGUGUAAAAAAAAUUAAAAAACACAAAAAAUUGUACAGACAUUUCUAGGUAAAUUAAUAAAACUAUGACCAUGUAUGGA